GCCUUUCCGGCGGCUAUCCCCUUCUUCGUUCUACAUACGGAUUACUAGAUGGGUGAUCGACGACUGGUCACAGCCCUGAAUAGCCAUAGACUUUGCAACUUAACCAUACCAGUAACAUGGCCGACGGACUGGAGAUACACGCACUGAGCAUGCCGAAUUGGUCCAUCCGUACUGUACUGUAUACACAUUGGGUUGCCGCCGCCACCAUACCACCCAAUAACCACCAGAUCGGAUCCAACUGGAACCACGAAGCCCUCAGCCGUGGCCUUCCGUGGUAUGUACGUACAAGGGGUCCCCUGGCUGACACUGGGUACGGGGACAAGCCCUCUCCUCUUCCCGCUUCCUGUCCUCGUUUCUCACCCGGAGCACCAGCCAUCCAUCCACCCCUGCACAAGAAUCGGAAUCCUUUACCAUUUACUCCGUACUGGUAUUGAGAUGAUGGGGAGGGGAGCGGGGGCCUGGGGAAAGGAAGCCAACAAGAACCUAUCCAGACCCGUUCUCCAGAGGGUCAAGAAAAGACCGCAGCCAUUCGCUCCUUUCGGUUUUUCCUGCAUCGGGGUUCUUGCUAAUCUCACCUGUCUUGACGCGCCAUGCGUGUUCCUCAUGCACGUCAGGCACACGCAGUAACAAACU